AUGUCUUGGGAAGUGAUGGCAGCAGAACAAUUGGUUUGGGGUGUGAUGGAGGAAGGGUGGAGAAAGGGUCCUUGGACUGCUGAAGAAGACAGAUUACUCAUUGAAUAUGUCAAGUUGCAUGGUGAAGGCAGAUGGAACUCUGUCGCUAGACUUGCAGGAUUGAAAAGAAAUGGGAAAAGCUGUAGAUUGAGGUGGGUGAAUUACUUGAGGCCAGAUCUCAAGAGGGGCCAAAUAACCCCUCAUGAAGAAAAAGUAAUUCUAGAGCUCCAUGCUAGGUGGGGAAACAGGUGGUCGACAAUUGCUAGAAGCCUGCCAGGAAGAACAGACAAUGAAAUCAAGAACUACUGGAGGACUCAUUUCAAGAAAAAGGCAAAAGUCUCGUCUGAUAACUCAGAAAAAUCAAAAGCACGCCUUCUGAGAAGGCAACAAUUUCAGCAACAACAGCUGCUGCAGCAGCAACAGCAGCAGCAACAACAAACUCAAGUAUUUGACAUGAGGAGGCUUAUGUCGUUACUGGAUGAAAAUGAGAACAGAGUGCCAACUCUGCCUCAGAUGAAACAAGAUGCAUCAGCAGCAGCGACUACUAUCUUUCCCAAUACAAUUGAUGAUCAUCAUCAAGUCUUCCUCUACUCAGUGUUCAACAAUUCCGCAGCUCUGCCAGAAGCAACAAAUCAUGAUCAGGACAUUAACUGGGAUGGUUUAUGGAACAUGGAUGAAUUCAGUGGCAACAUAUAUUACUCGAAUUCGGCAAACAGAGCUACCCUGCGUACAUCUGCAGCCACCCCUUAUUACUGA